AUGUCUUGCCUUGGUGUCAGGCAGUUCAUUGAAGUGAGAAGCAGUUGGUUUGUUUUAGCAAUCACAACUUAUUUUUGUUCUUUUUCAGUUGAAGAGGGUGAAUCUUCAGAUUUUGCUUUGACCUGGGACUCAUCUGUGACUCAAUCAGGUGGCCUGGGAGGAGAGCUGGAGAGUGAAGUGAAGGACAGCCGGGCCCUGGAAGAGAGGAACAGUGUGACGAGCCAGGAAGAGAGAAAUGAGGAAGAUGAAGACAUGGAGGAUGAGUCAAUUUACACCUGCGAUAACUGUCAGCAGGACUUCGAUUCACUGGCAGACCUGACUGAACACAGGGCACACAACUGUCCUGGAGGUUGUCUGUUUCAAACAGCAGCAGAGCUAUAUAUGGAUAUUGCCAGCUUGGAAGCGGCUGAUUUUUCUAAACUACUGUACGAUCGGAGGGUCGUCCGGCAGGUGAAG